GACACUCUUUCCGACGAUCCAAUAGAGUGCUGGAGAAGACAAGGGCGCUGGCCAAGCCAUCUCUUCGAGCCCAGUACGGAGCGCUCUUUUGCAAGACAGCCAACCUUGUCGACCCUCAGCGGGCGUAAGCGAGCCCAUUCUUCCUCUUCCACAACUCCAAGCGACCAAAGCCCGCGCGAGCACAAGCGUGCCUACCAUCGAGACCCACGGUAUAGAACGCUGCUUGCAACCAAGGGCAGUUUCAUGACCGAGUCCGACAAGGGCAUCGCCAUCGAGAGUAAAGCUGCCUGCAUGACUCUACUCACUUCCGAGCAAACGCUCCCAACCGUGUCGCUAUUCCAAGACGAUCUAUUCCAUUCAGUCUGCGCAAGUGUGGAUAAUCGGAACGAGGCGAGAGUGUUGCGAUUUAUCACACCGUUGAUCGUCCCUUCGGCAGAAGAACUUGCCAUCUGCGGUUCCACUGGCCUUGGGUGUUUGGUCGAGAGCAUCAAUGAGGGAUGGAACAGUUCCAUUCCCUUGAUUGGCAUUCGGCCACAACCCGAUUACUCUGUUGGAUUCCGCCGAGAAGCUUUCACUGAGUCCCAGCUUGAGAAGUUGGCGCCAUUCAUUGGCGAAUAUCUGAAUGAUGAUGUUUCCUUCUUUAUGGCCACAUACUACAUGUAUUUCCCCUUUCUUAGCUGCGAGGUAACGUCCAACGCCGCAGCACUGGAAUUUGCAGACCGCCAGAACGCCCACAGCAUGACUCUUGCAGCACGAGGUAUUGUUGAGCUUCUCCGCCUUGUGAAGCGGCAGGACGAGGUCCACCGGCAAAUCCUUGCGUUCUCAGUCUCGCAUGAUGGUUGCUCAGUGAGGAUUUACGGGCAUUAUCCGGUUAUUGAGGGAAAUGAUACAAAGUACCACCGCCAUCAGAUUCAUAGCUUCGAUUUCACUGUCCUUGACGGAAAGGAGAGGUGGACAGCAUAUCGAUUUAUCAAGAAUAUUUACGAUAUUUGGAUGCCUAAUCACUUGAGGAGGAUUUCCUCGGCUAUUGAUCAGCUUCCGUUGAAAAUAGACCUCGAAGUCCCGGCGCUUUCUGCACCGACUGGCCCCUCUCAAGGCGUUGAGAGGCUA